UGCUCUGCUGAGUUUGGGAGCGCUGAACGAGCUGCUCCUGCUUCUGUGCUCCUGCCAGCCGAACACGGGUCACCUGAGAGGUGUGCGGCGCCAUCUGUUGUUCCGGCGAAGAUGAGCUUUACUUCAGCCCGACGGAUGUUUGUUUCGCCCUCGGUGUGAACAGAGCGUUUGUCGGCGAUUCACGCUAAACGAAGACUUCUGGAUAAAAACAUUAGAGGAAGAAACUGGCAUGACCGGUGUCUGAUAAAGGCAGGAUCACUGGAUAUAACGUUAGCGAUAUCGCUGCUGCUGCCCUGCCCGCGUCGCGUUUAACAUUAACAACAGACUCGGGAAUUCAGUGGGAAUAAUGGCAUCGUUAACCUCCAUAGAAGCCGUGAAGAGGAAGAUCCAGAGCCUGCAGCAGCAGGCGGACGAUGCGGAAGAGCGAGCAGAAGCGCUGCAGAGAGAGGUGGACGUGGAGCGGCAGGCCAGGGAGAGAGCCGAGGCUGAGGUGGCGUCCCUGAACAGACGCAUCCAGCUGGUAGAGGAGGAGUUGGAUCGUGCCCAGGAGAGACUCGCCACUGCGCUACAGAAGCUCGAGGAGGCCGAGAAAGCCGCGGAUGAGAGCGAGAGAGGAAUGAAGGUGAUAGAGAACAGAGCAACAAAAGAUGAGGAGAAGAUGGAGAUCCAGGAGAUGCAGCUGAAGGAGGCCAAACACAUCGCUGAGGAGGCUGACCGCAAAUAUGAGGAGGUGGCGCGUAAACUGGUGAUUCUUGAGGGUGAGCUUGAGCGCUCUGAGGAGCGAGCUGAAGUGGCUGAGGCUCGAGUCAGGCAGCUGGAGGAGGAACUUAGACUCAUGGACCAGAAUAUGAAAUCCAUGAUGGCCGGAGAGGAAGAGUACUCCACGAAGGAAGACAAAUAUGAAGAAGAAAUCAGAGUACUCACUGACAAACUCAAAGAGGCUGAAACGCGUGCUGAGUUUGCUGAGAGGUCUGUGGCGAAGCUUGAGAAGACCAUUGAUGAUUUAGAAGAGAAAGUGGCCCAGGCCAAAGAGGAGAAUCUGAACAUGCACCAAGUGCUUGACCAGACCCUGCUGGAGCUCAACAACUUAUAAAGACACUACGCUCUCCAGCGGUGCAGCUCUUUGCUUUGAUAGUCACACACUUGCCAUUUUCUUUCCAACAGCCCGAUGCAAACAAUGUCUUUCAAUAAUAGCAAAGCCAGCAGUACGUUAAACAAAUCAUUUAUUUGGAUUUGUAGUAUUUGUAAUAAAUCCAUUGUGACCUCCUAAUUAGAUUUGUUCUAAGCGUCAAAUGUAGUUUUUGACCUCAACUGAAAAAAUGCUGUAAUUCUCCACUUUGAAUUUAACCCUACCCUACCAGCAAUUUAAAGGAAGGGUUUUGUACAAUGCAAUCACUUUUGAGGUUACUAUUUUAAGCAUUUUCAUUGAUUUGUACCAAAAUGCACAGCCUGUGAUUGUAACUGAUGUGUCUCAUAUCACCUGCAAAAUUGCAACAUGAAUGUUUAUUGUACUGCAGUGACCUUUCAAUGAAAUUCGCUGUUCCAAAUGCAACAUAUGUUAUUUAAAUGCAGAUCUCAUGUCCUACUCCCAAGGAAGAGGGUCCAAAAAUUAAUUUAUGCUGAUAAACACUUGCUUUAAAAAAAUGUUGUGAAAUGGCAACAGUAGGCAACAACAAAGCAUCUGUGCUAAUUAUAAUAAUUUGGGCCUGUGAGACAUGGCUUAUGUUUUUGACUAUAAUGACUACUACAAAUGUUUGCAAGCUUUUCUUCUGUCUAUUUGACAGAUCUGACCAAAUCUGUGAAGAAUAACAGUCAUGUACAAGGUGAUAAUAAUAAUAAUGAUGAUGAUGAAACUAAUUAUGGGGUUGGAUGAGAUUGCAGAAGCUGUUCUUAUUUCUUUGAUAUGGAUUUGAUUAAUUAGGGAAAAUAUUUUUUAUGUUGUUUAAAAGUGACCUCUUUGUCUAACUCCCUCUAAUGCAGAUCACUAUGUAGUAAAU